AUGGCACCAACUCCCAAUGAUCCGGAAGAAUCGGGCGUUCUUCGGCCUCGAGCUCUGCGCGGCGCAAUUGACUACCAUAUGGACCGACCACAUUUGGCGCUGGAUAGGACGCCGUCGGGCCUGUCAAGUGGCCGCUCAACUCCUGUGGCAGAAGAUGCACCUCCUUCUGUUCGCUCAAUAUCGCAUGUUCGGAAACAAGUGCGCGCUCAGGCGAAGCAGCGCAUGUUCUACAACAUCGACUAUCAACCACGACUAUCACAUUUUGAUCCCAAUAGUGACCACCGUGACUUUCAUGGCUUUUUUGUUCUAUUUUGGAUUAGCUUGGUGAUUAUGGUGAUUACCACCGUACUGAGAAACAUCAAAGAUACUGGAUACCCACUAAGAGUCCAUGUUUGGUCUCUCCUCUCGGCAAACGUGAUCGAACUUGCGUUUGUCGACCUGGCUAUGGUGGUUAGUACUGCAGUGACAGUGCCACUCCACAAAGUAAUCAGAAGCAGUAAGGGCUUCCUUAGGUGGGGAGUGGGAGGGAUGAUCGUGCAGAGCAUAUAUCAGUUUGCGUGGCUCUCAUUCUGGGUCAUACUACCGUUUAAGCUUAAUUGGACAUGGACAUCUCAAGUUUUCUUAACCCUUCAUAGCCUGGCCAUUUUGAUGAAGAUGCAUUCAUAUGCAUUUUACAACGGACAUCUCAGCGAAACUGAGCGCCGAUUAUCAGCCCUGGAUAAGCCACAGGCCAAAGCCUACCCUGCUGCAAUCCAUUACCCGAGAUCCUCUUUUGUAGUGGAUGCCGCAAACCCAGCAAAUGGCGAUGCAGAUUCGCAUGAUUCUGAUACUGACACCAAACAAGACGUUGGAAAACUGAGGGCAGACCUAGCUAUGGAACUUACCUCCCCCCUUGGUCGCGUUACUUACCCUCAGAACCUCACUUGGAGGAACUAUAUUGAGUUCAUAUUUUUUCCAACCCUUUGUUAUGAAUUGGAGUACCCACGAACUAAGGAUACCCGCUGGAUCGAAGUGCUUAUCAAAGCUGCAGCAGUCUUUGGCUGUAUUUUUCUCUUAACGCUAACUAGUGAGGAAUUCAUUGUGCCUGUUCUGAGCGAUUCCGCAUCCAGACUUCGUGCAAUUCAAUCGUCACACUUCGAAAGGGCUUUGAUCCUGGCCGAAACAAUUAGCAUGCUCCUAUUCCCGUUCAUGGUGACGUUCUUACUGGUCUUCCUUGUGAUAUUUGAGUAUGUACUGGGGGCCUUUGCCGAAAUCACGCGGUUUGCAGACAGACGGUUUUACUCUGAUUGGUGGAACUCUUGUGACUGGUUGGAAUUUUCGAGGAAAUGGAAUCUCCCGGUCCACCAUUUUCUUCGGCGCCAUGUCUAUUUUUCCUCCCUUACACGCUUCUCGGCCCCAGGCGCAAUGGCCAUUACAUUUCUCGUUAGCUCGAUUGCGCAUGAGUUGGUAUUGGUGUGUAUCACUAAAAAGUGGCGAGGAUAUGGCUUCGUUGCAAUGAUGCUGCAAUUGCCUAUUGUGGCAGCUCAGAGAUCAAAAUUCGUCAAGGGACGAAAAACUUUUAACAACAUUUGCUUCUGGACAUCUAUGAUCAUUGGAUUAUCCUUGAUUUGCUCACUCUAUGUUCUUAUAUAA